AUGCCGUGUCCAAAUUACUUGGCUACGGAUCGAAAUAGCACAUGUGCCUACGGAUGCCGUUAGCUAGCGGCUUUGUACAUUUCCCAUUAGCUCUCGUGUUAUAGCCGGCCAUAGCCCUACACAGACUGUACAAGUACAACGGAGUCUCGUCGCAUUGAACGCCAUGGCGGUGGAUGAAGAGCUGUCUGUGUCAUGGAGUGUGGAGAUGGAAGUCAACCUGUUCCAUGCCAUGAGGGGUCACAAACCAGUUGGGGUGAACAAGAAUUUCCAAAUGAUGUGCAUUCAUGACAAGUUGCAGCAAUCCAUGGGACGCAAGGUUACUUCACAGCAAAUCUGGCAACAUCUCAGCACCAUGUACGACAUGCAAGCAUUGCAUGAAUCCGAGAUUCUUCCAUUCCCCAAUAAUCAGUCCGAGUUUACACUACCAACUGAAGAAUAUGGUGAGCUGAUGAGUGGCAAAAGAAAAGCUGCCCCUUCCAAUGUGGAAGAAAGUACCCCUAAAGAGUCUCUGAAGACCACCAUCCGGCUACCAACCAUGACCUCUCUUGCCUCUGUGACCCCCUCAGAAAAGGACAACUCGCCCAAGAGGAAGAGGACCAGGCAAGGAACGAGUGCACCCAACCCAGACAUACUGGCCAGCAAGAGGCGUAGAUGAGGUCUGUUGAUACCAAGACGGGGCCAAUGGUCAUCCACCCCUCCAACAUGUCCCAGCAACCAGACUCAUUCAUGAUGCCUCGCUUACAUCUACUUAACAGCAACAGUUACGGCAGAGGAACACCAGAGGCUCAUUGAAGUCUGGCGUGGCAUUCAAAACUGCACCUACAAUGUACACCAGGAAAACCUGAUGAGAGCAUUUUACUAAUACUUCAUCCUGCUUGUGAGGAGGAAACUUGUAGGUACCAAGUCUUUGUAUUUGGUGUUUUCUACUUUGAGUGUUAUCCUUGUCAUGCCAUGAUUAUAUGUAAGUCACAAAGACCUUAUUAUAAAGGUGAUGUGUUUGUAUAAUACAAGAGCUACGUGUACAUGUGUUUGAAAACAAAUCAUAGAAGUGAGAGAUAGUCAGUUUUGAAGUACUCCUUGUCCUGUAAAUGUACUACUGUUCAUGUAAUUACAUGUGUACAGGUAUUGUGUUUCACUAAUUUUUAGUUUAAAUGUGGUCAUGGAAUAUUGCCGACAUAAAUUCUGUGUUGGGUCAUCAACAUGUGAGUGUCGUCUUCGAAUUUACAUCCAUUCUGAGAAUUGAAUUCCAAGGGAAAUUGCGAGGUGUUUUAGACCAACAUCAGGGGGAGCAAGAGGUUAAAACGUGCCCAUGACUCUCACAAAUGCCAUUGUGUGGCCUGAUGUUGAUGGACAACCAUUAGCUUUUUAACCCUCCUUUGGUUUUACAGCACAAAUGUGCACAAAUGCCCACAGUCACUGGUGAGCAUGUAUUUUCUAUAUGGAACUCAAACAUGCACAGGUUCAGUGUGUACUCUGUAGGUUGCCGGCACAAAAUGUCCCAGGGUCUUUUGAGCAGUCCUCUUCAUUGCAUUUGGUUUCCUGCACAAUUCUGCACAUGAAACAGUGAUGCUCAGUUGUUGGGCAGCACAAAAGUGCAAUCUGAUAUUCCUCUUAGGGACUGUUGGUACAAUGCACAACACAACACAGCCGUGCUUCCUUGAGGUGUUUACCAAGUGACCCAAAGAGUGACUUCAGCAUAGGAGGGUUAAAGUGCUAAUGAAACAAUUCUGGAUGAACUUGCUGUGAGGUUAGUGCUGAACGGAUGUUCCCUACCUUACUUUGAGUAAGCAGAAUCUCUGUAUGAAUUUUAUUACCGGGCUGAUUAAUUAUGAAAUUCCCGACUUCUGAAGGGGGAACUCUCUGGUAGACCAAAGUAUGUGCAUGUACUUGGGAGUUGAAUCCAAUUUCAUGCCUAUUGUUAAGUUGAUUUGUAUGUUUGUUUUGUAAAGCAUUUUGAAAUUGUACAGUAGUUCAUGUCUUCAGCUUUGAGCUAAUGCCACAAAAUUAGUUCUCUUGCAAAGGUAUUUGAAAUACCGUAAUAAUUUCAAAUACCUUGAAACAUGGAAUCCUUAGACAUCAAACCUACAGCCAAGAUCCUAAGACAUGUUGCUGAGGUGAUGUAUGGUGAUAAGUAUGCUCAGCUUCGGAUUUGGUUGAACUUAUCUUGGGAAAUACUCUGGACUCUUAGGGGUGAAAGCCAUUUUGGCCACUCUUUUCAGGGAGGUGCAGUGAUGAGUCAACAACAUGCAGGACAUAAUGUAACUCUGUAAUUGUGACAAAUCACCUGGGAGCAAAUGGUCAAUGUUUUAGAACUGUGCCUUUUGAAAGGAAAACAGUGACGUGUUAAUGUACAUUGUACCCGGUGGGACCAUGUCCUCAUUUCCCUCUUAUUGUUGGGUUGACUUGUCAGUAGUAUAAAAGUGAUGGUCAGUCUCAUUCUGGAAUCUUAAAAGUAUACAAAUGCACUGCAAUGAAACAGAUGUCACUGGAAGAUAAUGUAUUUAACAUUAUUGCCAGGAAGGUGAGGUGUAUAAAAAGAAUUUGUAGUCGUUUUGAAUUACAGCAUUUGUGAAAAAACCUCAGAUGUCACACAAUACAGUUCAUCUCCUAACAUGCCUACUAAUGUUACAAUGAUUCAUUUCAGCAGACCGUUUAAUCUUACAUGCUGAUGUAUCUUCAUGAUGCAGUUCUCUGGAAUAGUUCAGUAAUACAUGUAUUUACAUAAACUGCACUUCAUCAAAAUUAAAGUUCCUUUGUUUCUUAUAGAUGGGGCAGUAGAUCCAUCAUGGUUUUGUAACGUAAAAUUAACAUAACAUAAAUUGCUAUUGAAUUGUGAACUUUUUGUGAAUAGUCUAUUGACCUCAGUUCUGUUAUAUGAAUUUGUUUUGUAUUUUAAUAGAUUCUCAAGGAUCACUAGAAAUAAAUCAUACAAAAUGA